AGAUGGCCGCCAGUGCUUCGUCAUCUAAAUCUCCUGUCGUGGGUCCUUCGGCAAGCGGUCCCAAGAAACGAGAAAGCAGCAUGAUCUCAGAUCAAUCAAGCUCUCAGUCCCAAGAAACCUUAACUCCCAAUCAAAUCGAAAUCCUGAAGGCAUUUAGGUCAGAACUCGAGGAAGAAGGACAUCUCAAGCCGUCAGAAACUUUGGGGACAGAUGAUGAAACUCUCAUGUUAGUCGGUUUUUGAAGGCAAGAAAGUUCGACCUUCAAGCGUCCAAAAGAAUGAUCACUCAAUGCUUGCAAUGGCGGCAUCAGUUCGAAGGCAUCGGAAUCGAUGGGUUGUACGAAGAAUUGGAUCCUUUUGACUUUCCAAAUCGAGAUCAAGUCUUCAAAUAUUGGCCAAUUUAUUUCCAUGGGAUCGACAAAGUUGGCCGACCGGUGAAUAUCCAAAUGUUUGGUUCCCUGGAUUUGAGUAAACUGUAUUCAGUCAUCGACAAGCAAUCGCAUUUCAAGGUCUUAGUAGCCAACUGUGAAGCCUUAACUCGAGAGAUUCUGCCGGCCUGUAGUCACCGGAACCAAGCGAUCAACCUGCAAAACUCUUCUCAAUCCGAUCAUGAUCACCAUUCUCAAGCAAACUCCUCCUCAUCUCAUUCCAGUGCAUCGCCUAAAAUCACUAACGCUUUUUGUAUCGUCGAUCUGAAAGGUUUCACUCUUACCCAGUUUUGGCAGAUCAAAAAUAUUGCUCGGACUUGCUUUAGUAUUUCUCAAGAUUACUAUCCUGAAACGAUGGGAUAUCUAGCAAUCAUCAAUGCGCCGAAGUCAUUUGCGACGAUCUUCAAAGCGGUUACGCCAUGGCUAUCAAAAGAGACGAUUUCGAAGAUCAACAUCCUAGGGGAGGAUUACAAGUCGACCCUAUUAGAACACAUCGAUGAUGAAAACCUGCCCAGUUUCUUGGGCGGAAAAUGCCAGUGUGAUAACCAAUUCAGCUGCUCGAAGAAUGAUGCGAAUUUCGAUCGAUCGCCUUGGUUGAAAGAACGCAACUGGAAAUCCCAAUCAUGGAAGAAAUUUAAUGUCCAAACUCCAGCUCAAGCGAAAGAGAGAAAUCCAAGCCCUCAAGCCGAUCCUUCUGCUUCAGUCUCCAAGUCUAAUGAUCUCAAGGCUAAUGAUCUUCAAACUCAUCCUCCUAACAAUACUCCUAAAAACCUUCCUGAACAACAGAAUGAAAUCACUGAUGGUGGUGACACCUCAGAUGGCGCUUUAAUCAUCAACAACUCUCCCAAAUCGCCAACCAAAAAAUAAAACCUAUAUUGUCUCUCUCCUAGCGAAACCUAGUCAACUGUCAUCCCCCCCUCCCCUUCCCACUUUGCUAAAUCUUUUUGUUUUUAGAGCUUCUCAUUUUCUUUUGGGGUAACCGCAUAUU